AUGAAACGAUGCACAUGUAUUUUUGUACUUGAUAAUAGCUUACCAGGUAUAAUAAAAUAUCCAACAGAUUUACCAUCAAUUUGUUGGCCAACGUCAAAAGAUUUUACUUGUUGGAAUCAUCUUCUAUCAAAUAUAACACGUAUACAUGUUAUUCAUAUGAAUCAUUUAGAUGUUGGUUACAAUGGUAUUCCAACAAUGGGUUUUAUAAAUAAUAUUCUCAAUAUAUAUUUUCAUCAAUAUCUUCCUCGUGCAGCUAUUUUAGCUGAACAAAUUCGUCGUAUAUCGCUCGAUGAUUCAUUUAUAUAUACGACACAUCCUUGGUUGUUAACUAUACGUACUGGUACAAUAGCAUGGCAUGCUGGUGCAAUGAAUAUGCAAUAUCAAUGGAUGAAUGAACGUGUAUUAAAUAUUUCUUUCGAUUUAUCUGUUUCAUUAGCAAAACGUUUUAAUGUUCCUGUUCCAUGUGUAAUUAGUCUACGUGAUGUACCUGGAAUUCCUAUAGCAAUUAUUCGAUCAUUGAAUCAAUAUUUUUCACAAUAUUGCUCAUAUAGACUUAUGAUUACAGUUGGAGUUAAUGCUGGAAUAACUGGUUUUGAUAUACCAAAGGGUUUAUUUCGAUGGGGAACAAGUUAUCCCGAUAAUCCUGGUUCAACAUUUACAAAUCCAGGUGGUUUAUCUUUGAAUGAUCUUGUUAUUGUUCCACAGAUUGGUGUUGGUUUAGCAUUUGCAUUUCGUACUGAUAAUCAAGAUAUAUCGACCAUAGGAGAUGAACUUGAAUUAUUUGAUCAUGAUAUAUCUAAUUUAUGGUUACAAGGUAUUGGAUCCUAUCCAAAGCGUAUUCAGCAAUAUCAAGCAUUACAAAGAGCUUUAAAUACAUGUUUUGAACGUAAUCUAUGCACAAUAAAUGACGAUCAAUUAAUUGAUGCUAGUCGAUAUCUUAUUAAAGUUCCUGUUGAUCCAACUGUUGUGUUCGAUAAAGCUGAAGUCGACGAAGCUGAAGUCGGUGAAGCCAGUGUCAAUAAAGUUGAAUUUAAUGAAGCUGAAGUUGUUGAAGCUGAAAUCGGUGCAGCUGAAGUCGGUGAAGCCAGUGUCAAUAAAGUUGAAUUUAAUGAAGCUGAAGUUGUUGAAGCUGAAAUCGGUGCAGCUGAAGUUGUUGAAGCUGAAGUCGGUGCAGCUGAAGUUGUUGAAGCUGAAAUCGGUGCAACUGAAGUUGUUGACGCUGAAGUCGGUGAAGUCAGUAUCAAUAAAGUUGAAGUUAAUGAAGCUGAAGUUGGUGCAGCGGAAGUUGUUGAAGCUGAAGUCGGUGCAACUGAAGUCGACAAAGGUACUGGUUCUUUAGCAGGAUCGUCACACGUAUAA